AACUGUGCGCUUGCGAUCAUUGCCCCAAACAGAACAUUUCGGGUUACCACGGAAUGGCCUCUCAUAACAGAGACAUGCAUAGGAAGAUUAGCAAGUUUGCUUGCAUAUUCUGUUACAAUUCAUUUCCAACUAAGAGCAGCCUUGACCAGCACCAUGGUUUUUGUCAAAUCAAGAGGGAUUAUGAGGCUAGGCGCCCAGCAUACUAGGUAAGAGUUACCUUUUAUAACUAUGUGUCUUGCAGAUAUGUCUUUCGCGAUGCAUAAAGUAAUUUAGCAUAUUUAACCAUGUUAAGGCCUUUCAGCAUGAGUCACUUUAAUUCUGUGUCUCACUCUAUUUCGGCAUGAAUCACUCUAGAGUAACUUAACCAUGUUAAUUUCGCUUGAAGAGAUAGGCAUCUAUGUUUCCACUUCCAUGACACAUUGUUAUUCUCUAUUUGGUUAGCAUAAAGUAAUUUAGCAUACAUAAAUUGAUUUGUAGAGAAAUGAACAUAACACAGUGGAAAUCUGAAUCAUGCCUCACUGUUACUAUUGAAAAAUAACUCUGAAUCACAUCUCAACUUUCACAAAAAUAAAAAUUCUUGAAAUGUCUUAAACAUGGAACUUAACAAACACAUAGUAGUUUUAACAGCACAGUUUUCCAAAUUGCAAUAAUAACCAAAGUUGGCUAUCAAAUCGUAGUUUUAAUAGCAUAGCUUUCCCUUUAUGAGACAUCUACAUGCAAGACCAACCCACUUCAUUGCUAGCUCCCAAAGGAGAUAUAGUGAGCUGAUCCCCUUGUUGCUGAAAGAUGCUUUCUUUUCAAUAAUGGUGGUUGUCCUGUAAGUCAUUCUUUGCUAAAAGAAUGUUCUUGAAUCAAGUUUUUCAACCAAAAAUAAAAAUUUAGCUUUUCAAGAAUGUCCUGUUGAGAUUGAAUAGUAAGGAACACCACUACUCAGUAACUGAUGUCGUGAGACCAUAUUUCCUGCUGCAGAUUAAGUACAGAAUAUCACCAUGAAAGGAAUUAUAUAUAAAAUUAAUACAAGCGUCAUGAUUUAUUGAUUUAUUGACCUUAAUGUAGUUCUCCUCUUUGUAUUGGACUGAUUUAUUGACUUAUUGAAUUUUGCAGGUUGAGUGGGCAGCAUUUGAUGGGACAAAGAAAGGGAGAUAGGUGGGGGAACUUGCUUGACUAUGAUUUGUUUUUCUAUGUUGUUUUGACAUUUGAUCAUUGAGAUUAGCCAAGAUGAAAUCAGAAAUUGACAUCCUUCUUUUUCAAAAGCAAACUAUAUGUCUUCUUUAAUGCUUCUUAUAUAUCUCCUCUUUUUUUUUUUAUCUCCUUCCAGACAUUAAAUCUCCUAUUAUAAUGAGCAAAGAGCAAUUUGAUCAUAAAUUUGAGAUAGUCAGCAACUUUGUAUACUCUCUAUGCAAAAGUAGCUAUUAGAGAUGAUUCUACCGCACUUUUGUAUUUUAGCUGUGAGCAUGGAUAUGGUAAUAGGAGAUCUGCACUUUAAAAGAGAAGUUUACUAAUUAUGUGGAAAGUUUUUGUAGUUUUAUUUUUUUGUCCUUGCUCAAGCUGAUUACCAUGUAGUUAUUUAAACCUAUGCACAUCCUUCAUGUUGGUAUAUUAUGUUACAAUCUGAUGUCAGGUAGCUUAUGCAUCCCCAUUGCUAAAUAUACUACAUUUGCAUUUUUGUUCAUAAAAUUGAUCCAAUUAG